CAGAGACAAGACGUUACAUUACAGGCUGGGAUCUUUACUGAAGAACACAGACUCAGUGGAUUGUAGAGAGAAAGUCGAAGGGACUGAACUUUGGUGAGUCUUGUAGCUAAUUUAAAGAAAUCUGAAAAUCAGAGGAAAUGGCUGAGAAGAUUGCUCUUGUUGAAAGUUUCCUGAGGUGCCACGUGUGUUCAAAGACUUUUUUUUGUCUCUGAGCUGCAACCACAGCUUUUGUUCAAGCUGCCUGCAUAAACUCUGGGAACAAGCUAAAAACUAAAACUGUCCCAUUUGUAAAAGAAAAUCCUCAAAGGAUUAUCCAUCCAUGAACUUUUCUUUUAAAGAACUCUCUGACUCUUUUGCUAAAAUGCAGAACAAUGGUUCACCUGAGACAGAAAAAGAGAAGGAGAAGGAGGAGGAGGAAGUGGUGUGUGAUAAACAUCCAGGAGUAGGUUGUUGGUUCUGUGAAGACGAGCAGAGAGCUGUGUGUCCUGUCUGUGAGUUUUCUCUCCACCAGAGUCACAAGGUGGUUCCUGUAGAACAAGCAGUCAGUGACCUGAAGGAGCUGCUGAAAUCUGACAUAAAGUCUCUACAGGACAAGAGGAACAAAUACGAGGAAGUGGAGAAAACAUACAGUGAAGUGAUUCAACACUCCAAGAAGCAGCUGUUGUCCACAGAGAGGCAGAUCAGAGCAGAGUUCAACAAGCUCCACCAGUUCCUGAAAGAGGAAGAGGAGUCCAGACUGGCAGCUCUGAGGGAGGAAGAGGAGCAGAAGGGGAAGACUAUCAGCAGAGAGAUGAAGAUGAUUCAGGAGCAGAUCUCCUCUCUGUCAGACAGUAUCUCUGCUGUUGAAGAAGACCUGCAGAAACACAACGUGCUGUUCCUCAGCAGUUAUAAACCCACUCAGACCAGAGCCAGAGCCCAGUGCUCACUGUCAGAUCCACAGCUGCUCUCAGGAGCUCUGAUAGAUGUGGCCAAACACCUGGGCAACCUGUCCUUCAGAGUCUGGGAGAAGAUGAAGGAGAAGGUCCACUUCAGUCCUGUCAUUCUGGACCCAAACACUGCAAACCCCUGGUUCCAUCUGUCUGAUGAUCUGACCAGUGUGAGACGUGGAGAAACAAAGCAGCAGCUCCCUGACAAUCCAGAGAGAUUCACUAAGUAUGCCAAUGUUCUGGGCUCUGAGGGCUUCAGCUCAGGGAAACACAGCUGGGAGGUGGAGGUGGGAGACUAUCCUGUCUGGAUUGUGGGUUUGACUAAAGAGUCAGUUGACAGAAAGGGGGAAGCAUUUGCUUCACCACAAUAUGGAAUUUGGUGUUUAUCACAUGAUGAUGGAAAAUACAUCAAUGGUGAUGGUGAGACUGUCAAAAUGAAGAAGAAUCUCCAGAGGAUCAGAGUCCAGCUGGACUAUGACAGGGGGGAGGUGUCCUUCUACGACCCUGAAGACAUGACUCACAUCUACACUCACAGAGACACUUUCACUGAGAAACUCUUCCCAUAUUUUAAUAUUGGAAAGUCUGGUGACACCAAAACCUCUGAUAUCAAACUGUGUCACACUGAGAUUUCUCUGUGAUGUUCAGGGAUGUUAGUUUUUCUCUCAUGAUGGUUUGAGGUUUAUUACACUCUAAACUCAUCAUCACAUUUAUUAUGUUUUCUUUCGUUCAGAUUUAUUCAUGAUGGUAACUCCUGCUGUUGAUUUUCUGUUUUUGUUUCUCAGCUUUUCAAAAAUAGAUUUAGUUUGUAGAUUGUGUCCCUUCUUAAAAUAAAGAUUAAUAUCCAAGAAAAUGUGACAACAAACUGCUGAAGCUGUAUCACAUCAUAAGGAGACAAACUUUACAAAUCAGAGCUGUUCAUUCCUCUACAGCUAGAAUAGCUGAGAGGAGUGCCUCGGGGCGGAGCCCCGGUAAUAUAUACAUCAAAACGUGCGUCUUGAUCCCGAAAGAGGUGCUAUGACUUUUGGUGUUAAAAUUCCAAUUUUUCCCCAAAUUAUUCCCAAAAUACUGGGAAUAAAUAAUGCAUUAGGAAGGCAUUGGAAUUUUCUUUAAAAACCCACAAAAUUUCACCUUUUUUCUACAAAAUUUCACCUUUUUUCUGAGUCACACAGCUCUCUCAUACCUGCACGUAGAAAUGUGAUUCAAACUAUAAAACGGAGGAAAACUUCUGCUCUCUCAAAAACACAACAACUGUUUUUACAUAACAUGUACAUUUUUCAAACUAUGAGCACUCAAAGGAGGAGUGGAAUUCACUUUUUCUUCAAAGUUAGAGUGACAGCGUCAGUUGGCUAGAGUGCGUGAAGCAGUAAAAUAUAACCUUUAUUUUUAUUUUUAACUCAAGCUCACGGCCAAACCGUAAAAAGGAGACAAAUAAUUCUUUCUCAAAAUGUAGACAUAGUUGUUGGGAUUCAUAAAAUGUAACUUUGACAGGCAGGGUCUGCACAAAAUUUAAAUGGGGGUGCCGAGUCUGGCAGCAAUACCUGUCUCACUCUCAUUGACACCUAAUGUAAUCGUCUUUUUUUUUUCAAAAGAAUCUCACUCUGUCUUCGCACUGAGCUUACUCACUCAUUUUAAGGAAUAUCUGAAUAAAAUAGAGACUGUAAGAAAUUUCUGGCUUCAGUGUCUGUCACAGUGUUUUCGGUUUUUGAAAAGAAGUAACGGUUUUCUCAUGAUUUGCAAUUGUUUGAAGCCAUGUAGAAGCCAAAUUCUGGGCAGAUUUUCACAUUGCCAUGGCAACGGCAGCUCCUGACCCCAUGCGUGCGCCUAGCAACCAGAUAACCAACUCUCCAAGCUCUGCUAGCUUUACAUUAGCCGCAUGUUAGGUCUUAAAUUACAUUUAGUUAGGUCUUAAAUAUGUAAGUCCAUUUACUGCUUUCUUUGUUGCUUUUUUUUUUUUUUUUGUUAAAAGAGUGAAUGAAGUUGUGACGGUCUCCGCUGAGACAGAGGAGAGGAGAAGCUACUAGCCCUCUCUCGCUGUCACUUCUAGUCGCGUUGCUCUCCUCCCCAGUAAUGUUAAAUUUAGCACCGAAAAAAACAUAAUAGUGGUAAUUUAAAUAGCGGUUCAUGGGAUUUAUUAACCCUCAGGGGUCCCUCUGUCCUUUUUUGGAGAUUUUCUUCACUUUUCUUUUUUGAUUUGCUGAUCAUUUUGGCUGUGUUACAGCUGAUGGUAUGGAUUUUUGCAAGAAAGCGUCUUUUUUGACAUAUUUUUAAAAUCUAAUGUCAGUUACUGUUACAGGUCUAUUAUACACUGGUAACACAUUUUGUACCCUCUGGGGUUCCUCGCGUCCAAAAAAGGACACACAAAGAAAAUGCUAUAAAAUCAUCAUAUAUCAAUAUUUUUUUCUGCUUUUUUUUUGCAUACAUCUCUUAAACCACUUCAGUUCUGCUCAAACCUACCAAAUGUUUAUUAGUUUUCAGGAUUUUAACCCUUUAAAUGCCAGUUUGAAGACAUGUUGCCUCUUGUUUGAUUAAAAAAACAACACAGAAUAUGAGAUAUUGCCAACAUAAUACAUGAUGGAGGGAUGUGACAUUGUUUAUAUCAAAGUCUUUUAUAUCAAGACAUUUCUGAAAACCAGAAUAUGAUCAGGGUGACUUUUGAACACUGGAAAUAAAUCAUGAACUCAUCCCGGCAGUAGCCCCCGUGGCACUCAAAAUUUCCCUGGAAUUUUCUAGUAUUCUGAUUAAAAUUUUGAUGAUUUGAUG